AGAAAAACCUACAGAUCGCAACCCCAAUAAAGCCUCCACUCUUCUCACCGUCUCUCUUCGCCGGAAAAUGACGUCAACCGACGGAAACCUCGUCAAAGAACCCAAAGCUUCCUUAAACGACACCGUAGUUGUUAAUAGCGUCAGCGCAGAUGAAGAAGACGAUAUUCCGAUGUUGAGCUCUCACACUCUGGAAGCGCUCAAGGAGUUCCUUGCAGAACAGAACCAGGCUGCCGCCGCCGCCGAAGAAGCUGUAGACGCAGACGGGGAGGAGGUGUCUCUGGUAACGGAGAAUUGGAAUCUCAGUCAGUUCUGGUACAACCGCCAAACUGCCGAAACCAUCGCCGCCGAGGUCGCCGCUCUCUCUGAAACGCUCAUUUCCCCUCGCGUCGUCUGCAUUGCUUGCCCUACUCUUUACGCCUAUCUCAAGAAAAUUGUUCCGGGAAUACCAGCGCAGCUUCUUGAGUUCGACAAAAGGUUCGAGCAAUACGGGGAUGACUUCACUUUCUAUGACUAUAACCAACCGGAGGAUCUUCCGUCAUCGUUGAAGCACUCGUUUCCAAUUGUAGUAGCAGAUCCUCCUUACCUGAGCAAGGAGUGCUUGGAGAAAAUUGCAGAAACUGUUAAGUUUCUAUCUAAACCAGGAGAAAGUUUCCUACUAUUACUUACAGGUGAGGUGCAAACAAUGUUGGCUGCCGAGCUCUUAGGCUUGCGUCCAUGUGGUUUUCAACCUGAGCACUCUGGCAAACUUGGUAACGAGUUUAGGCUCUUCACCAGCUAUGAUCCCGGAGCAAGGCUCGGUGGAUGGCAACACGAUAUAUAGGACCGUUGUGGCUCCCCUCGCUUGUGAUGUCGUAGUUGAUACUGUUGUUGUAAGACUAUAGCUUUAAUUUAUAAUUGGGAGAGAAUUUUUCUUGA